GGUCAGGAAUGGCCAAUGACAAAUGAAGAAUGCAUAGAAGCGCGCCAAUAUUUCGUUUUGCUGUUCCAAUGGUUGUUCGAAAUGUUUAGUAAAGAGGGUUUAAGAGAGCAGUUUUUGUCGAUGGGCGUGAGAAUAAGUGACGUAGCGUUAAGUAAAUGUCUCGAACUAUGCAGUACCUACAACUUGAGCGAAGAUGACCUGUUGGAAACAUGGAUGGCUUAUGCUGUUUCAAAUAUUGGAGAUGCGGAUCCAACUGUGGAUAUGUUAAAUCAGAUGGAGCGAAAAGAACUUGCAAAAAGCAUAGGAACUUCUGCUACUACUUCUCAAAAUAGCAGCAAAAAAUCCAGUCUGAUGGUUUACAAUGUGUCAUUACCAGAAAACACAAAUCAUAGUGAAAUUUUACAACUCUACUCGACGCCCACAGCUAAGAGAAAAGAGGAUGUUCCUAAGGAAAAUACUCCAGAUGGCAGUGCAGUGAAGAAACUAGUAUCACAAGGGCGUAGUCCAAGAGCAGUCUUCUCUCCAGCAAGUUUUUCUCCCAAAGUUGCAACUCCGUCUACGAAGUAUGAGUCCCGAACUAAUUCUGGUGACAUUGUCUUAGAGCAUGGGAACUGUGAAGGUGCCUCAUGGUCAGCUCAAACUAAAUUUACACCAAUAGUUACCUAUGAUGAAGUAAAACACCAGAGGUUUCGUUUUAUGUUUGAACGUCUUCAGGAGAAAGCGGAAAUUUUGGAUGAUGUGAUUCAUGAAUUGGCUCAAGAAUUACUUCAGCAGAACAAUCUUUCUGAACCCACAAACCCAACUGUAAGGCAUGCGGAACUAUUUGUAGCUGCUGGGAGAGUUUGUUGUGAUGCUAAUGGCAGACUAAACCCAACCUCUGUACUUUUGGAGAGUGAACAGAGUUUUGGUUGUGGAAAAUCUGUUGCUCUCGACCUUAGCCAGCUUGAAACCUAUUCGCUGUUUCCAGGACAAAUAAUUGCCAUAGAAGGUGUUAAUCUUGAUGGAAAGAAAGUGAUCGUUAAAAAACUGUACACAGACAUAAAACCUGUUCUUGCAGACACACUCCCAACAUUCAGCAAUGAUGAUGGACCUCUUCAAGUUGUUGUCGCAGCUGGUCCUUACACACAGACUGAUACAUUGAUGUAUCAGCCAUUGGAGGACUUGGUGUCUUACAUAAGAAACCAUGAGCCACAUGCAUUGAUACUAGUGGGGCCAUUUGUAGACGCCAAGCAUCCACAUGUUGAGGAAGGAAAACUUGCAGAAACACAUGAUUCUCUGUUUGAGAAGAUAGUUGAAGGAAUUAUGGAACCACUUAGAGGGUCUCACACACAAGUUGUUGUUGUACCAUGUUGGCGAGAUGUCCAUCAUCAUGUGAUAUACCCAACACCACCAUUUUUACGUACAAAAAGAUUAAUGUAUACUAACUUGCAUCUUAUGUCUGAUCCGUGCCAGUUUUCAAUCUGUGGUGUUAAGUUUGGUAUUACAUCUGUAGACGUCUUGUUCCACCUUGGGAAGGAAGAGAUAUCUUAUCCUGCUCAGGGUUCAGACCGUCUUGGGCGGUUGGCUGGUCAUGUUCUGUCCCAGCGGAACUUUUAUCCACUUUUUCCACCUGCUGAAGAGUUAAGUUUGGAUCUGGGCCACUGGGAAAAACUUUCACAUCUUCCUGUUGCACCACACAUUCUUAUUUUGCCAUCAGAUUUACGUUAUUUCAUAAAGAACAUAAAAGGUUGCUUGGUUGUUAAUCCAGAGCGGCUUGCCAAAGGAUUGGUUGGUGGGAGUAUGGCACGUUUAGAAAUAAAAGCUGCAGGACAAGGAUCGCAGUUUCCUGUCAGUGUUGUUGCUCAGAUUUUGAAGAUUUAACUGUAUUAACGGACUUCCUAUAUACUUCAUGCUUGUUUGACAAUCAUUUGGGAAUAAUCUUAAGAUAAUAGGACUGAGAUGAAACAGACACACAGUUGGUCCAGUGUCAAAUUUCCUGCAGAUUUUAAGCCUUCCUGAAUCAUUUGUGUCAGAUAUUAGAAAACUCUGUAUUGUAAAGCUUUUAUGAAAAGAUGACAGUGGAAGUAGAAAUUUAUAAUGUUUUUCUUUCAAGCUAAAACUGGCCCUAGGUGGUACCAUUCAGAUGUGGCACUAUUUUAAAGUAUCAUUUCUUGUUGUUCAUUUAGUUGCAGUUCAGAAGUUGGCAAAGUAGUUUGUUUACGAUGAGCACUCAAACGUUGAGGUUUUCAUUUGAUUAUUUUUGUAAAUGCCAAACUUAAUAUCAGUGCCUUGAAUUGCUGUUAACGAUGUGUGAUUAUUGAUCACUUUCUGAAAAGAUGUUACAUUAAUUUGCAGAAUUAAUUUUUUUUCUCUCGAGAACUGGUCCAGGUUCCUGAAAAUGUGGAAUCUUAAGGUGAAUCUUUUGAGACACUAUAAAACAUUUUGUUCAAAAAUUUA